AUGGGAGGGCUCACCAACAAAAUUAAUGUUGGCGUAAUUUCCAUGAUGAUUAUGAACCAUGAACAGAUGAGAGGAAUUAAAGCAAAUCCGAAUGCUGGCAAGAGUCAAAAGGGACAAUCAGUAAAAACUCGCCAAAAGCCUAGUGUUACACAUUUGGAGGAAAUAGGAGAGCCCUACGUUCCUGAACUUUAUAAAACUCAAAAUCCUCCAUCAGGAAUGAAGGAAUCAAUGGCUACGAUAUGGUUUCAAUUCAGAAAGUAUUUGAGUAAGCUGAGAUGCUUUUUCCGAAUUUACAGAAGAUUAGGAAAAGAAUUCGGUGUGAGCGGAAAUGCUAAUUUCCAACAACAAGUCACUGAAUUUUUCCACGAAUACAAGAAGGCAAUUGUUAGUAAUGACCUUAGGAAAUUGAACAAGGUUUGCACAACUCGAGUUUUGUCACAGCAAAAAAAGGACUCUAAGCACCAUAGCGAAGAAAAACACCAUAUCGAAAUUUCGGAACUCGAGAAACCCAAGGUCGUUCACUCAUACAUAUUGGACUUACCUGGAAAUAGAGAAAUUGCACAAGUCGUUGUGAAAAUGAAGGUUAAUGAAAAGUUAUACAGCAAGCAAGACCUUCCUGGUGGUAAACAUCAAUUGAAUCUUGAAAAUGAUCAAGACAAUACGUAUUAUGUGGUAUUUGAAAAGCCUCUUGAUGACUUCUCAAAACAAUGGAUGAUUGCAGGAUUUAUCGAUCCAUCCUCCAAAUAUUUUGAGCCAACAGUGAAAGAGGUUAUGUAUGGAACAACGAUGGGUAGUAAUGAAUAA